AUGCCGCCCGUCGCUUCUGCGGGCAGCAGCAGGCGCAAGCUUGGUCUUCCCACUGUCUGCCUCGAAUGCUAUCUUAGAAAAGUCAAGUGCGAUCGAGAACGCCCCUGCUCUACAUGUAUCCGUCGUGGAACCGAGCAUCUCUGCAAGACCUUCAACACCAGUCAGCUGGAUGCCCAGACUCUGCAAAAGAAACAGGCUCGCCGAUCGCUCGCCGAGAUCAACGCCAUCCUAGAAGCAUCGCAACCGGAAGAUAGCCGCGACGAUCUCGAUCCGCAACAACCCUCCGAAGCACAAGAACCAGCAGAACACCCAAUGAUGGCUUUCAUCAACCUCAUGCUCAAGGAUCUCAGCGUGCAGGGGGACAGUCAAACCGACAGUCAGACAUCGCCCACCGACGCCGGAGCGUCAACCGGCUCCAGCUCCCCCGCACGACCUCAGUCCGCCACUUGUCGCUACCUCGAACCAAGCUGCUUGACAAAGUUGGUCGAGUUCGCUAGAAUCGUUCCGGACUGGCCUCAGCUGCAAUCGCUCCUGAGGCAUUACCUUUGGCAUGUCGACUGGAAAUUCACCAUCACCUGUCAGGAUCUUUUGGAGAAGAACAUGGAGGAGCUUUGGUUCAGGGUCGUGCUUCCUGCGCAGAGCUGUGAUCCCACUGCCGGCGGUGAUCUCGAUACUUCUGCCGCCGCGCAGAUCUCCUUCCAGCCAGGCGACCUGUCUCGAUUUGCAUUGCUGGCAUGCGUCUUGGGCGAGACAGUCGAGUCGAUGGCACCAGAAGCAAUCGCCAAAUCACUGCCCGUCUCUCAACCGGGUCUCGCCAGCCCCGGUCCGGUUCAACUGGACGUCGACGCAAAUCCAAGAGUCAAGGCGCUGAUCCUCCUCACCUACCACGUCGCCGCACUCAUCGAAGAAUGCGUCCGACUCGACGAGAUGACGCUCGAACUGGUGCAGGCCAACAUCUCGGCGUUCUCGCUCUGGUCCAACCAAGGCCUGCACGGCACAGGGUCCACCGAGUUCCCGCGCUGGAACGUCACCAUUCGCGCCGCCAAGGUGUGCAAUCUCUUCGAAGACCCCGGCAGCCACAACAACAGCAGCUACACGCAAUCGGAGCUCGACCAUCGCAGGCGCCUCGCCUGGCUCGUGUACGGGUACGACCACGCAUUCGCCGUCGGCGCCAACACGAAACCGUUGAUUGUCGAGUCGCAGUUCAGUGUGGAUCAGCCGGGCGAUGCGGCGCCGUGGGCAGCGUGCGGUGCACCCCCGGAUCCGUGCCUCGCGAGGCUGCAGAUGCAGGGCGGGCAAAUGGCACAGCUUGUAUCGAGCACGCUGUGCUACGGCCCACCUCUGCAUCGAAAGGCGAUGGAGACGGAUAAGAAGAUCUCGGACAUGCUGUCGCAGUUGGAUCCUACGUACCAAUGGGACAAUCCGGAUCUGUCGUUUGACGGUAAGGAUCCUUUCCGCGCCCGUCGCCGGUGCUGGCUGCAACUGACCACCGCCUGGCAACGCGGUUCGCUGCACCGUCAAUUCUUCUCCCCCAAUGGGCGCAUCACCAACGGCGAGCUCGCCACGUCUCGGCACGUUGCCACCGACAGCGCGUUACGUUCGAUCUUGGGCGUCCGCGAGCUGCGCAAGAUGCAGAACCGAUUCUGCGACCACAUGGGCUCCGCCUGGUGGUUCCAGUACUUCACUGAGCCGUGUAUGACGCUUGCCACGGCUGCGUUGCUCUUGAUACGGAGCGGGGGGCAAGGCGUGCCCGGGCUGUCGGACCAGGCCAACUGCUGGAUCACGCUGAUGCAUUUCACGAGGACGAUCGACGAGUGCAUAGAGGAUCUGGCAGCGUCGACGAGGGAUGCCUCGGCAUGUCUGCCGUCGUUGUUGACAUUUGCGGCGGGGUGUCUGAAGCUGAUCCAGCAGUUGAGGGGUGCGGUACAGACGAGCUUUGAUGCGUUUGUCCAGUCGCAGCCUGGCUUGGGUGGGUUGAGGCAGCUCGAGAUUGACGAGUAUAUCAUUCCGCUGUUGCACCCGAGGUCGCGCGAGAAGAGUCCCGGGUCGCAGGCGCCGGCGCAGGCGCAGCAGGCAAAAAGGAGCGAAAGCGGAGGUAGCACGGGCAAGAGCAGUACCCAUCAGACGUCGCAGCAGAAGCAGGGUACGAAGCGGUCCGCUGAUGCGGGGGGGAAGCGCACUUCUGCGUCGCGUCGCGGGAGGAAGGAGAGUGGACAGCCAGAGCAGGAGGCUUCACGGCUGUUCAAGCCCGAAGCUGCGACGCAGGCCAUGAUGGACGCUUCGCUUUCCGUGUCACCGCGAACGUCGCCUUUAACCGCGAGCAAUGCAGCAUCCUCGACCGGCUUCACACCGGCAGCAGAAGCGUCGCUGCACCCUUCGAACAUGGACGCCACCGCAAUGAUGAGCCCGGCAUCAACGUCAGCACACCACGCAUCCCCGGACCCAGGCCACGUUCCACCCGGGACUCUCAGUCUGUCGUUCGGCCCCGGAUUGAAUCUCACCACAACGACCAGUACCACCACCACUACCACCUCAGGCGCAGUGGAGCCCAUCUCGCAAGCCAGCAUCAAUCCGGCUGUGGUCGCGACCGCUAAUGAAGCAGCAGGACGUCCUCAUACAGGAGGAGGAGGAGGAGGAGGAGGAGGAGGAGGAGGAGGAGGAGCAGCAGCAGCAGCAGUAACAGCAGCACCGCACUUUGGCGUGCCGGCUUUGGUGCCGCAUGGCCACCUGCUGUCGCCCGCCGAGCCGUUUGCACUGCGCGACUUUUAUUCGGACGACUUUGUGCAGAGAGGAGGAGGAGGCGCUGGCGGGGGGCGUGGCGGUGGCGGUGCGUUGGCGGAUUGGAUCGCGUCGGUGCAGAUGGAUGUUGUCAUGGCGCCGACGCAGGUGGAGGAGAGGUUGUGA